AAAAAAAAAAACUCUCUUCUCACCAAACAAACGUAGCCUAAUUCUUUAACUUCAGUCUGAACCUCUCGCGCUCUAAGCUCUCUGUCUCUCACAGUCUCACUCUCGUUUUCCUCUCUUCUCUGCCGCUGCCUUCCUCAGCCCAUUGCUUCGGUUUUCCGCCCAUCUCAGGUAUAUAUAAUUUAAAGCCUUAGGAAUUUGCAUCUAGAGAGUCAAAUUGAUCUAACUUCCUGCUGUUUGUGAUAGCUUGAGUUGCUCUGUGAGUAAAGAAAAAGGCUAAGCUCCAUGUAGGAAUUAGCUUACACUUAAGGUGGUGGACUAGUUGCUUGUGAGCGGUACUGGAAUUUCAUUAGUUUGAUAAGCUCAUCAAAUUUUGGUUUGGGAUGCUCAAGGGUAAUGCAUAGCAGCGUUGUUUGGGAUGCUCCUCUAUGACAUUGAGGCCAUUGCAGUGAACGUACUCUGGACUUUUCAAAGAAACUUGGUCUAAGAGAUCUUAUCAUUGGUUCCAACAACUCCCACUAUGUUCAAUGAUAAUACGUCGUUUCUUUCACUUCCGCUCUUUCUCUACACUUUCUCCUCUCCAAAAAACCCAUCUUUUUCAAUGCAACAAAAGCAUCUUAGACCUCUCCAAACUUGGCCGUGUCACCGAGGCACGCCACCUGUUCGAUUCAAUGCCUCACCGAGACCCGGGUUCUUGGAACUCCAUGAUUUCUGGGUACACCCAAAAUGGUCUCUUACAUGAGGCACAAACACUCUUCAAUGCAUUUCAAGGCAAGAAUGUGAGAACCUGGACUAUUUUGUUAACUGGGUAUUCCAAAUUCGGGCUCGUUGAUGAGGCCCGAGUGCUCUUUGAGGCAAUGCCUGAGCGGAAUGUGGUUUCUUGGAAUGCUAUGAUUAGUGCCUAUGUGCAGAAUAGUGAUAUGAGGAGUGCUCGAGAAUUGUUUGAUGUUAUGCCUGAGAGAAAUGUUGUGUCAUGGAAUUCAAUGAUUACUGGCUAUUGCCAUUGUGGUAGGACAAGGGAGGCAUAUGAGUUAUUUGAGGAAAUGGGGGAGAGGAAUUCGGUGUCUUGGAUGGUUAUGGUAUCUGGGUUCAUUGAGAUAAGUGAGUAUGGAGAAGCGUGGGGUGUGUUUUUGAUGAUGGUGAGAAGUGGGGUGAGACCGGACCAGGCGGUGUUGGUUGUGGCCUUAUCAGCGGUAAUGAGGUUGAAUGAUUUAGAGUUGGUUGAAACUUUGAGGACACUAGCAAUCAAGACAGGGUAUGAGGGAGAUGUGGUUGUGGGGACUGCAAUUUUGGAUGCUUAUACCAGGAUUGGUAGUUUGGAUUAUGCAGUUAAGUUUUUUGAGAUGAUGCCAGAAAGGAAUGAGUACUCAUGGACCACAAUGAUUUCAGCAUUUGCACAAUGUCAUAGUUUGGACAAUGCAAUUGCAUUUUAUGAGAGGGAUCCAGUAAAGGGUGUUGCUAUACGAGCGACUGUUAUAACUGCAUAUGCUCAAAGGGGGAUGAUAUAUGAAGCCAGACAUGUAUUUGAUGAGAUUCCUAACCCCAAUGUGGUUAUGCGGAAUGCUAUGGUUGCUGCGUAUGCACAGAAUGGAAUGAUUGAAGAAGCAAAAGAUAUCUUUUUGCAUAUCCCUGUGCAAAAUGCUGCUUCAUGGGCUGCCAUGAUUUCUGGGCUUGUACAGAAUGGACAUAGUAGAGAAGCUUUAGAGUUGUUUGCAGAGCUUCAUAGAUCAGGAAAUGUUCCAAGUCAUUCGAGUUUUACUAGUGCUCUCUUUGCUUGUUCAAACAUCGGAGAUGUUGAGGUGGGUAGACAGAUACACUCACUUACCAUUAAAACAAGGUGUCAAUUCAAUUCUUUUGUAGGAAAUGGACUGAUCUCCAUGUAUGGAAAGUGCAAAAGUAUGGGAGAUGUUACACAGGUUUUUAGUACAAUGAGGGUGAGGGAUGUUGUUUCUUGGAACUCACUCAUUUCUAGGCUUUCACAGAAUUACAUGUUGGAUGAUGCUUUGAAAGUUUUUGAAAAGAUGCCAAAACGGGAUGUGGUCUCUUGGACUGCAAUUAUUUCAGCUUAUGAGCAAGCAGGUCAAGGAGAUGUUUCCUUUAAAUUGUUCCUUGACAUGUUAGCUAGAGGAAUGAGUCCAAACCAACUAACAGUUACCAGCCUCCUUGGUGCUUGUGCAUGCCUUGGUGCAGCCAAGCUUGGGGAACAAAUCCAUUCCCUAAUGUACAAACUUGGAAUUAAUUCUUGUUUGUCUGUUUGUAAUGCUCUUAUAACAAUGUAUUUUAAGUGUGGGAAUCUGGAUGGUCUUUGUGCCUUUGAAGAGACGCCUGACCGAGACAUAGUCACAUGGAAUGCAGUUUUAUGUGGCUGUGCACAGAAUGGACUAGGUAUAGAGGUGAUUGCGAUUUUUGAACAAAUGAAAGCCUCAGGGGUUUUUCCCAAUGAAAUCAGUUUUCUUGGGGUUCUUUGCGCUUGUGGCCAUGCAGGGUUUGUGGAUAAAGGUUGGGCCUAUUUUAAUUCCAUGAGCAAAGAUUAUGGAAUUACCCCUUUGGUUUGUCAUUAUACUUGUAUGGUUGAUCUCCUUGGGAGAGCAGGACAAAUUUCUGAAGCUGAAGCUCUCAUCCAAAACAUGCCCGUAAAACCCGAUUCAGUGAUUUUGGAAGCACUUCUUGGUGCUUGUAGGAUCCAUGGAAACAUGGAAGUUGGCCAGAGAAUUGCUGAAAGGCUAUCCCAGAUUGGGACAGAGGGAUCUGGAAUGUAUGUCCUACCAUCAAAUAUAUAUGCGUCUCAAGGUUGUGAUUGAAGCUGUUAAUAAGCCUCGAAAUAUUACAUAUAUAGGACUUACUGACUUGGUGACUGAGUAGAGUUUGUCGGGGCCCUAUGUGUUGGAACACCCACAUAUUUUCUGCAACUGCUGGUGGGGGAGCAUUCUGAAAUGGCCAAAAAAUUCAUUUCAUUGAAACUGAUCUGGUGGAGCGAUUCCUUCUGGUGACUGGGUUUGGGUAUGAACAUAAUGAUCCAUGGCCUACCAACCUAGAUUUAUUUAAACAUUUCACUGAUGUCAGCCGGGGUGUAAGGAGGCUCGGGGCCGCUGCAGUUGACGUGUGCCAUGUAGCUUUGGGAAUUGCAGGAUCAUAUUGG